UAUUAAAAAAGAGGAUAUCUUUUGGUAGAGAUUAAUUGUGAUUUUGUGAGUGAGCAAGUUCUUUUAUUACAAAGAAUCGGUUUGUGAUUUUGCAUUCCUUAAAAACCCGUGGUUUGUUAAAAGAGAAACGUUCCCGUCAUCCCCUGCGACAAGUCCCCAAUUUAAUUAGGAAUGAAUCUCUAAUGGCAUCGGAAUUGAAGGAGAAGUUGCGCGAAUUGGUGAAGGCCAUCGUGGACUCCGACGACUACUCUCUUCAAGCCGCCGACGAAGCCAUCGCCACACUUUCGUCUCUCAAACAUUUGAAGUCGCCGGACGACUUUCCUCUUCCUCCCCAAUUUCGCUGCCCCAUUUCAACCCAAUUGAUGUCCGAUCCCGUUAUCUUAUCCACCGGCCAGACUUAUGAUAGGCCAUUUAUUCAGAGGUGGUUGAAUGAGGGUCACCGAACAUGUCCUCAGACACAGCAGGUUCUGUCUCACACUAUUCUAACUCCCAAUUACUUGGUCCGAGACAUGAUUCUCCAGUGGUGUAGGGACCGUGGAAUUGACUUACCUGGCCCUGUUAAGGACAUUGAUGAAGCUGUCACCAAUGCGGAUAGAAACCAUUUGAAUUCUUUGCUUCGUAAGUUGCAGUUGUCUGUUCCUGAUCAGAAAGAAGCUGCCAAGGAGCUUCGCCUUUUGACAAAGCGAAUGCCUUCCAUUCGAACCCUUGUUGGGGAGUCCAGUGAUGUCAUUCCACAGUUGCUGAGUCCGUUAUCGUCGCCCGGUGCGGCUUCUACUGAUCCUGAUCUCCACGAGGACUUGAUCACCACUAUUCUGAAUCUCUCAAUCCAUGAUGAUAAUAAGAAGGUGUUCGCCACGGAUCCUGCGGUGAUUUCUCUGCUUAUUGAUGCCCUGAAAUGUGGAACAAUUCAAACAAGGAGUAAUGCCGCGGCCACUAUUUUCACCUUGUCUGCGAUUGAUUCCAACAAGCACAUCAUUGGAGAAUCUGGGGCUAUUAAACAUUUGCUUGAGCUUUUGGAUGAGGGACAACCAUUCGCCAUGAAAGAUGCUGCUUCGGCCAUAUUUAACCUUUGUCUUGUGCACGAGAAUAAGGGGAGGACCGUUCGAGAUGGGGCAGUUCGGGUUAUUCUGAACAAGAUGAUGGACCACAUACUAGUUGAUGAGUUGUUGGCUAUAUUGGCACUGCUCUCCAGCCAUCCCAAGGCUGUUGAAGAAAUGGGUGAUUUUGAUGCUGUUCCUUUGUUAUUGGGGAUUAUUAGGGAGAGCACAUCUGAGAGGAGCAAGGAAAAUUGUGUUGCAAUUCUAUAUACAAUCUGUUUUAGUGAUAGAACAAAGUUAAAGGAAAUUAGAGAAGAAGAAAAGGCCAAUGGUACACUGUCAAAGCUUGCAAAAUGUGGAACUUCAAGGGCAAAAAGGAAGGCUAAUGGUAUUCUCGAGAGGCUUAAUAGAUCCCCCUCCUUAACUCACACUGCUUAGUUCCAGGAUUAGAAAAUCACCUCUUUUUGUUAAUAGUCUUCUCGUGUUCUUCUGUAAAAACCAUCUCGGGUAGCUGUAAAAAUGGGGAAGAGAAGUUCACAUAUUACGUACAGUGUCUUACUUACAAUCAGGGUGAAUGAGCAAAGAGUUUUUUUUUUUUACUUCUUCCUUUAUUUCAUUUCUGUUUGAUUCUUUAUCCCUUUGAAAAAGCUAUUUUCUUUGCUAAAGGUACUAUAUUCAUCCAUUUUCUCAUUGCCCGAC